GUAGCUGUGCGCAGUGCUUCCGGUACCCAGUGAUUUGUAUACAGUAGACAUGGAGGAGUUGUGUGGCUGCCUCUGAUCCUUACACCAUGCCUGUGUGCGCGCGCUACUGAGGAGGGGACGACCUCUAGUCGUGCCGUUGAUUCGGGCCUAGAGUUCUUACAAGAUGGCAGGUCGCAGGAAACGGGCACCUCCAGUCAAGCUGGACGAUGGCGCUAAGAAACUGUUAUCCUGGAACAUGCAUGAAGACAGAAGGAAUGAAGUCACUCUUGAAGAGGAUGGGAACCCUGCCGAGCCAUGCACAUCACUUUCUUUAAUAAAUAACAGUCCUGAAAGGUUGUUAUCCACCUGUGAGACUGAAAGUCCAAGUACACAGCCAGGAAGAAAAGAAAAUUAUGACUCUAUAGACUUCUUGGCUCCAUCAUCUGUUGAUCUUAGUUUAGUAGUCUUGCCCGUUCCUGAUGAUGACGUCUGGAGAGCUUUGCUUUGUGUAUUCAGUCUUCAGGUUUCUCCUGGGCAGUAUGCUAGUUUGGAUUUUGAUGGGUGCAGUUUUACAUUGACUAGUACCGCUUCCUCAAAACCUGCCCAGCUUUUGCUUUGUGUGCAUAAAUCAGACGUAGAUGAAGGGUCUACACAUGAAUCUAGCAGACGUGCAGAGGAGGUUCUUGUUGAAGCUUCACCUGGUGGCCAGAUGCUGGAUGACAUAAUGUGGUUGCAGAAGAAGAAGCUUAUUGCACUUUAUCAAAGGACAACCCCAUAUAAUGAGCUUGAGGUCGGGGUUUAUUUGCUGGAAGCAUGUUUAUCCAAACCAGAAUUUCUCAGUGAAGGACACAGGAGGAUGAAGAAAUCGUGUCUUCUUAUUCAAAAGCUGAUGGAAAAGUUCUACAGCUUCACCAUACCAGAUAUUUCAGAUGACAGUGAGGAGGAGUCAGACCAAGAGCUUGAGAGACAAAAUAUUGAAGAACUCUAUGCCUAUGUCAGGCAAACUCAUCAACAGGAAGGAAGGGUUCUGCAAGAAGAUGUGCAGCAUCCAGCUCUGAUACCCAUCCUGCGUCUGUACCAGAAUGAAGCAGUCAAUUGGAUGCUGCAGAGAGAGAACUUCAAAAAUGUGCCUUCUAAUGAAAAUGCAUUGCACCCAUUAUGGACAGAGGUCACAACAAUGGAUGGUAUUAAACUGUACUAUAACCCCUUUUCUGGAAGUAUAAUACGCGAACAUCCCGCUGCUGCCCGCGAGUGGCCUGGAGGUAUUCUCGCAGAUGAAAUGGGUCUUGGGAAGACAGUGGAAGUUCUGAGCUUGAUCCUUUGUCAUCCUAGGAAAGAUGUCAGCAAGUCGGCUUUGACGUUACCUGAGGGAAAAACUGUGAACUUCUUCAUCCCACCUCCACCCACAGAAAAGACAAAGAAAGACAGGACAAUGGAAAACAGACAGACUUGUCCCAGCUUCCGGGUCAUGAUUUUAGCAGCCAUUAAGGAGAUGAGCACCAGCAGAGGUGUGUCUGCAGUUGGCAUACUUAAAUAUGUAAGCGCCAUGUACAGUUAUGACAUGCAGAGAAAUCACCGACUGCUCAAAAAGACCUUGGAUAAGCUACUUUCCAAAAAGAUAGUGGAGCAGGUCAAAGGUCGUGGACUUCAAGGAUCCUUUAAGCUAGGGGUGAAUUACAAAGAUCAGAUGAUUCGAGAUAAACCUACAGUCCAAAAAUUGAAUACAAGAUCUUCCAAGAGACUGCAAAGUGGUGGGACUCAACUCAGGGAAAACAAUGAAGAUCCUUCUGAGGCUGGUGCGGAUCUAAAUGUCUUGUCAAAAGAUCAUGAUUACUGUGCGCUGAGUAAAACAAGUACACCAGAAAAAGAGCUUCAGGGCCGUCCUGCAAAUAAUGGAAUGCCGGAGCGGUUAGAUACCUUGCAAGGUUCUCCUGUGCCAGAUGAGAGGUCUACUGAAUCUACAGAUUUAAGAACAAAGCAAGAUGAUCUGGACUUGAUAUCUCAGGAAAUGGACUUCCAUGACAGUCCUGUCUUCCCUAUUAGUACCUCUGAUUACCGUUUUGAAUGUAUAUGUGGUGGUCUCAGGCAUCCGGACCUCAAGGACCGAGUCCAGUGCUUGCAGUGCCAUCUAUGGCAACAUGCUGAGUGUGUAAACUAUAAGAGAGAAAGUGUCAGCACCACACCUUUCUAUUGCCCACACUGUCUUGUGGCAAUGAACCCAGUUCCAACAGGAGCAACCUUGAUCAUUUCUCCCAGUUCCAUCUGUCACCAGUGGGUUGAUGAAAUUAACCGUCAUGUUCGAUCAUCAUCCCUUCAUGUCAUGGUAUAUCAAGGUGUAAAGAAACAUGGAUUCCUACAACCACAGAUGUUAGCAGAGCAAGACGUAGUCAUAACCACUUAUGAUGUUCUGAGAACGGAGUUAAAUUAUGUAGACAUUCCUCACAGCAACAGCAAAGAUGGCCGGCGGUUCCGGAACCAAAAGCGUUACAUGGCAAUACCGAGCCCGCUUGUUGCUGUGGAGUGGUGGCGGAUUUGUUUAGAUGAAGCACAAAUGGUGGAAUGCACAACAGCAAAGGCUGCUGAAAUGGCUCUGCGUUUAACAGGGGUGAAUAGGUGGUGUGUGAGUGGAACUCCAGUACAGAGGGGCUUAGAAGAUUUAUUUGGACUAGUGCUAUUUCUUGGAGUGGAUCCUUACUGGGUAAAACACUGGUGGGACCAGCUGCUUUACAGACCGUACUGCAGGAGGAAUCCUCUUCCUUUAUAUCGUCUUAUUGCCAAAAUUAUGUGGAGGUCCGCCAAAAAAGAUGUUAUUGAUCAGAUUCAAAUCCCAGAACAAACAGAAGAUGUUCACUGGCUUCACUUCUCUCCAGUGGAGAGACACUUCUAUCACCGGCAGCAUGAAGUUUGUUGUCAGGAUGCUCUAGCAAAGCUACGUAAGAUCUCAGAUUGGUCUCUGAAGCUUAGUAGCUUAGACAGACGGACUGUAUCCUCCAUCCUGUAUCCUCUGCUGAGACUAAGACAGGCUUGUUGUCACCCGCAGGCUGUUCGUGGGGAAUUCUUACCAUUGCAAAAGAGCACAAUGACAAUGGAAGAACUGCUGACUUCUCUCCAGAAAAAGUGUCGCACGGAGUGUGAAGAGGCCCAUCGCCAGCUUGUCUGUGCUUUUAAUGGUUUAGCCGGAAUCCACAUCAUUAAAGGUGAGUACCCUAUGGCUGCCGAAUUGUACAGGGACGUUUUAAGGUCCUCGGAAGAACAAAAAGAAAAACUAAAGACUGAUUCUUUACAAAGACUACACUCCACACACAACCUGCUUGAAUUGCUUUCUGCAAAGCAUCCUGGGAUCCCACCUACCUUGCGUGAUGACAAGCUGGAAGAAGAGAUAAAAGAACUUAAAGAACAUUACAUGAUCAAAUCGAAUGCAGAGGUGUCCGAGGCUCACCAAGCUCUGCAACCAAUCCUGCAAAAUAUACGUGAACUGCAAAGAAAGAUUAAUUUCUCCUCUCCCUGGUGGAUUGAUGUGAUCCAGCGUGCAAUCCAAAAUGCAAAUGAUGAGGAUCUUGUUCAGCGUGUGCAAAAUGAAAUCACUGUCAACUACAAACACCAAGUGAACAAGUUGUCCAUGGCAGAUAAGUUUCGGGACUGCAGAGGACUUCAGUACAUUGUUACCUCUCAGAUGGAGGAAGUCAGAAAGUGCCAGAAACAAGUCAGAGAGGCGGUGAAGAAUCUUGAAGGUCCCCCGUCUAAAGAGGUUAUCCAGACAGCAUCAAUAUGCCACCUUAGGGUUGGUCGGCUGCCACUCCAUAUCUGCGUCUUUUGUAAAGCUGAUGAAUUAUUCACGGAUUAUGAGUCAAAACUCUUCUCUCAUACGGUGAAAGGUCAGACUGCUAUAUUUGAAGAAAUGAUUGAAGAAGAAAAUGGAUUGGUAGAUGAUCGUUUGCCUAAAACUAGCCGAGGCCUAUGGGCAGCCAGUGAGUUGGAACGCUCUUUGAAAGCUAUACUGUCAUUUGCCAGAACUCACCGACUGGACCCCUGGGUUACUGAUGAAGGUGCAUGCUUCAUGGAGCUGUUUGAGGCGUGGAAAAAAGAAUAUAAGUUGCUUCAUGAAUACUGGAUGGUCCUACGUAACCACGUGUCGGCUAUUGACGAGCUUUCAAUGGCAACCCAGCGCCUCAGAGUCCGGCUUCCUGAUGAACCGAAGCCUAACCCUCCUGUUCCUCACAUCAUUGAACCACACGAGGUUGAGCAGAAUCGUGUGAAGCUGCUUAAUGACAAAGCCGUUGCCAAGUCACAGUUACAGAAAAAACUGGGCCAGCUUCUUUACCUUACAAAUUUAGAAAAGUCUCAGAAUCAAACCAGCGGAGGAGUAAAUCCAGAGCCUUGUCCAAUAUGUGCAAGAAAUCUGGGGAAGCAGUGGGCAGUGCUGACCUGUGGCCAUUGCUUCUGCAAUGAAUGUGUAGCGAUCAUCAUUGAGCAGUAUAGUGUUGGUACAAGAAGAAGUGCUAUUAAAUGUGCUAUUUGCAGACAGACAACGUCCCACAAGGAGAUUUCUUAUGUGUUCACAAGUGAGGCUGCAAGCGAAGAGAAGGACAUUCCUGUAAAGGGGAGCCAUUCCACAAAAGUUGAGGCAGUUGUCAGAACUCUUAUGAAAAUCCAAACUUUGGAUCUAGGUGCAAAAUCUUUGGUCUUCUCAACAUGGCAGGAUGUAUUGGAUAUUAUUGCAAAAGCACUGCAAGACAAUGGCAUGGUGUUCUCACAGAUCAACGGGAUACAGAAGUUUCAGGAAAAUCUUUCAGCAUUUAAAUAUGAUCCUAAGAUCAACAUUUUACUUCUUCCAUUACACACGGGGUCCAAUGGGCUGAACAUUAUUGAGGCUACACAUGUGUUGUUGGUGGAGCCUAUUUUAAACCCAGCACAUGAACUUCAGGCAAUAGGUCGUGUGCACAGAAUUGGCCAAAAAAAGGCUACAAUUGUACAUCGAUUUCUAAUUAAAGCAACGAUUGAGGAAAGAAUGCAAGCAAUGUUAAAGACUGUCGACAGGAGUCAUACAAGUACAUCAAUGAAACAGUCUGAAGCGUCCGUCCUGACUGUAGCUGACCUCGCUGACCUGUUUACAGAGGAGAGAGAACUCGAAUAACUGCCACCAAGAGACAUUCCCCGAGCAGAGCACCUUUAGCAUUUUCUCUGUAGUAUGCACUUCUAGGACUACCAGGGACUGUGGGCAUAAUACAAAGUACUGUAACUGUGUUCCCUGGAGAGAUCUAUUUCUUAUGUUUGUACUGGUGAAAUGUUAUAAACACACAGUCUUCUAGCAAUAUUUUCUAUUCUGUGGACUAUUCGUAAGUCCACAGCGCAAACUUGCUUUUUAUGUAAUAAUAACAUAAAGGGCUCUGUGCUCUUUAAUAAAAUCUUCUGUGCCCGUUUUAACUAAGCCCAAGUGUGCAACAGGGAAGGAGAGUAUUACAAAGGGAUGUUAGAUCACAAAUGAAAUUCCUGAAACAUUUUGUCUGUUUAUUUAUUCAAGUGAUACAAGAGCUUAGGAACAAACCUGUAAUGUAUUAGUCAUAGAUGUUAAAGCUCUUAUGCUAUAGCAUUUGUGAAGGAUGACUAACCUCUUCCCAUCCUAAUAGACUGUGCCACUUUCCACAUGGAGAAUGUGAGCCAGUAGUGAAAACUUCAGUGUGACGACCAGUUUGGUGAAGACUAACCAGAAUUCUAAAAGUGGCCAUACACAUUAAAUGAACAUCGGCUGAACCCCUAUAGUUUUGGUGGGACCAACUGACCAAUAUGUAUGGGAAGUGUCCUAACGUAAUGGCCUAUGUCACGGGAAAAAGGAACAGGCAUGUUGGAUUUUAUGGGAAAUAAACCACUGCUAGAUGUGUCUGGCAGCAGGUUAUUUCCUUUUGAGAGCACAUUCAUGUUCAGCCGAGACACGGUGCAUGUGUAUGUGAAGUUUGGAAUGUUCAGUGGACAGGAGAGAUGGACUUUCUUAGAUCUUCAGAUUAUCUUGAACACACCCCCACCUGAGGUAGUUACCGAAUGGCAACAACUGUUCUAGUGAGUAUGUCUGGAACCGACAUGACUAUCCUGACCUACACAUCUGUAUUCAUUGCCGGGAAUGUAGUCAAAACAGGCAGAAGUACCAGGGAUGAUCCAAGACUUAACCAGAAGAUGAAGCUGAGGUCCAGUCAAUCUUAAAUCUGAAGAAGCAAGGCAACUCAACUGAGGUUGAGAUGUAGCAAAAGUUUGUAACUAUGAUCAGGAACAUACAGUGCAAAAAAUACUAAACGCAGGUAGGGGCAGUAACCUGUUCCAUUUAAUGUGACCUCCUGCAAUAACAUCAUUGUGCUGCACAAGUUGCCAUAGCAAGCAGAUGUGACAGAACAUGGAGAAAUAUGUCUGGCCUGAGGAUACAGACUGGAGGUGACCACUUGUUAAAAAGUCUCUGUCAGCAUGGUCAACCUUAUUGAACCAUGUUUUUAUGCAGCAGCAUUCCCGAGAUUUGAGGAUUUUUAUUUUUUAUGCAAAUAAGCUGCCAUGGGCCUUGGAGCACUACUAUUCUAACACUCAUAUCAUCUGGGCACCCCUCCCCCUCUCUAUAAUUGAGAGGUCUAGACAUCUCAUCUAACCCUCCAUUGUUGCUCCUCGGCCACCCAUCCCAGUAGUGUAUCACCAUAACAUUACACACUGCCCACUUAUGUUCCCCCUCCAAAGAAACUGUUGGUGACAUAAUGGUCUUAUAAGUAUAAUGUAACAAGAAGUCAUUAGUGGUCCUUAGAGAGAACAAGAGAGCAACAGAGAGGAUCUCUUCUUGCUAUACAGUGUUCACUAUGCUUCCACCAUUAAGUGCUGGAACCCACAUGUCCCGGCACUCAUUGGUGGCAGCAGAGCGAGUUCUCCUCCUAGUUGUUCUCUGUGCAAAGCUCCUGGACCACCAUUGACAUGUACAGCAAUGUUGGACGUGACUUGAUGCCCAGCACCAUACAUGUAUACCGGGCUAAUUGGGUGCACACAGAUUCUGUACAUGCCUGAUCCGUGGCAUGGGCACCUGAAAACUCCAAUGCUGGCAGAUUAACCCCUUAGAUUGCGACAUCUAAGGGGUUUACAGAAGGAGUGAGCUCCUUCUCUCACCCCAUGCGGGAUGCCAAUAGCUGAUAAGGGAGCCUAAGGCCUUGGGGCCAGACAGUUAAAGAAACCUGUGAGGCCCAGCCCCCAAGCUGGCAAGCGUAGGUAAUCUGUCAGGGUAAAACAGGCAUUUCAAAUGCAGCAUAAUACAGCAUGCAUUGUACUGCAUUGGAAAAGGGAUUAGACCCUUUAAGUCUGAUAAUGGGUUAAAAAUAAUAAGUAAAAAAUAAUGCUUCUCUGAAAAUAAAAGAAACCAAAAAUUUCAAGUAAAAAAUCGCCCCUUUCCUCUCAUCAAGCCAUUUAGAAUAAAAAAAAUUAUAUAUUAUAAUAUUAGGUAUCACCGUAUCCGAAACGACCAGCUUGAAAAAAAAAUUGCAUGAUCUACCCGUCAGGUGAGUGCCCUAAAAAAAAAAAGAACAC